AUUCUUUUCGAAAACAGUACAACAGUAGUGCGAUAACACGACACAUCAGCUGCAACACAUCAAGAGCAAAGAAAAGUCAGAAUGAAAAAAUGAAAACAUUGUGAAGCAGAAAGUGUGUUCCGUAGAAGCAGUGUGUGUGUGUCUCGCCUAGGUGGCGAAUGCAAAUUCGCGAUUUUAUGUGUGAAAAUCAUAAUAUCCGAACGAACAACAGAUGAAAUUCUGAUGCGAAUUCAUUUAGUGAUUUAGUUAGUGCUAUGUCAAUUGUCCCAGCAUUCCGGUGUGACCAUAAAAUGCGUUAGCUAGCGAAAAAGUUGGUAGUGAUUUUUCCCCCGUUUAACAAUAUUUCUGAUUGUCAAAAGACAAGCCACAAGAACAUUUUCCGUAGUUUGUGUUGUUUUGAUCGUGAAUUCUGACAACGACGACGUUAUACCAGAAUUGUUGAUUGUCAGUACAAGCAUUUGGUAGCCAGCACAAAAGUAUUUUCCACAAUUUUCAUUCAUCGUUCGAGUGUUUUGCUUGAAAUUAUCAACGAAAUUUCUGUGUGUGUGCUUUCUGUGUCAAUAUACCGCUGAAUCGUCACUUUGAAUUUGGAUUUUUCAGCAAAAUGACGAACGAUGCUAAUUUCAUAUUGUUCCCGAAAAUUGCUGAUUGCUCCUACGUUUCGUGCUAUUGUGAAGAAAAUGUAUGGAAAUUAUGCGAGCAAGUGAAGAAAACACGUCCAACCGAACUAGCAAAAUGUUAUGCCGUUUUUGUAUCAAAUGAAGGACGAACGGUGCCAUUAUGGAGACAAAAAGCUGGACGUGGCGAUGACAAAGUCGUUAUAUGGGACUACCACGUAUUUUUUAUGCACAAUCCAACACCAAAUCGAUGUCUUAUAUUUGACUUAGAUACAACGUUACCAUUUCCCACAUAUUUUCAUAAGUACGUUACCGAGACCUUUCGAUCAGAUUUGGCACUACGACCAGAACAUCAUAGAUUUUUUAGGGUAAUAUCAGCUGAAACAUAUUUGGCUGAGUUUUCAUCGGAUCGAAGACAUAUGCGGCGGCCAGACGAUACGUGGAUAAAGCCUCCGCCACCAUAUGCACCAAUUCAAACACAUGCGAACAGUCACAGUUUGGACGAUUUCAUAUGUAUGACGCCGGGCAAAGGUCCGGGCACCGUUUAUAGUCUACAACAAUUUGUUUAUGUGUUUUAUAAAUUGCCGCAAACGCAAAUCAAUGCCGAGAAUAAAUAAUUUAUAAAUUGAACCAGCAGCACCAAACCAACCAACGUGGCAAUGGAAAUGAAUGAUAAAUAGUUUAAUUGUUCCAGAUCAUCAGUUUUUUUUUCGUUUUGAUUUAGAUUACAAAAUUAUAUCACCGCAAAUCCAACGUCUAAGUGACUUAAACUUAUAAAAACUAAAAAUUAAUUGAAAAAAAAGUUAAAAAUAAAAAGUUAAAAAAUUUAAAGAAUAAUUAUAAAAACAACCAACCAACCAACCACACAGCAGUCAUUUCUAAUAAUAAAAAAGCCCAAACAAAAUGAGCAAAUAAAAAAUAAUUUUAAGAAAUUUAGGAUCUAAGAAAUUUACAGAACAAGAAAUGAAUUAAAUCUUCAAAGACACACACAGUUUACCUAUUGAUAACGGUAAAAAAAUUGCAACUUCUACACUCACACUUAACGAACAACCCACAAUAAAAAAUCGAGAUAAAAAAAUGCAAAAAGUUAAUUGUAAAAUGUUGAAAAGUUUCAAAGUUUUUCCGUAUUGUCAUAAAACCAACUCCGUUCGGAUUCUACUAGUCCGGGUCAUUCAGCCGUUUCUUGACAACGCCGAGUAAAAUUUUAGGGUACGCAAACAAUUCAUAUUUCAAGCUCACCAUCUCAUAUGAAAUCGCAGAAGUUCAGAGAAAUGACAUCCUUUCUUCAAGGUUGAACUUGCAUACAUCAUUUUCAUUAUACGGCACUUGUCAACGUAACCCCACUUUAGUUUUCGUUAAGUUGUCAUUAACCUCAAUCAAUUGACGCAAACUGCGCGCAAAUCGCUCGUUCAAUUCAUUCAACAUGCCUGACAGCUGGGAUAGUGUCUGACGUUUACAAGGUCAUGAAAAUGAUGCAUAGUUGGAGAAUGAGCUGCCGUUAUCAUUUCUAUGUUGACGUUUCCAUGGAAAUAUUCAACGUCAAAGUCAAUGGAUUUUUGUUGGCCGCCUGAAACGAUUGUAACGCUUACUACGUUGAUCUAACAAUGAAAUGUGCAGCAACUGUACGAACUAUGAUUUUUGCUUUUACUGCUCCAGUUACCUGCGUAAUUUGAUAUAAUAAAAAACAUCCAUUUUUACGGAAGUGAAACAACAAGACUUUACGCUAGAACCGGUUUCUUUUUGUCGCACAGGCGACCCGGACUAUUUAUGCAAUACACACACCCCUAACACAUAUAUACAUUCCACUGCUAAACUUCAUUAAUUACGAAGUUGCAUGCAUCCUUUCAAUUUACACAUUUUCUCGUUUAUUUUGUUUCUUUCCUUCGGUGUUUAUUUGCUGUUGUUUCGUUGCGUUAAACGACUCCUUUUCCCAUGUGUGCGCUUUGUGUGUCUUCCAAUUUUCUCGAAAACUCAAGCGAUGCAAAAGUCUAAUUUGAAAAAGAAAAUGAAAAAACGAAACAAAAGUUUUCGCUAAUGCUUCUCGGGAUGUCCUCUCAUCGUAAUUAGUUUCUCUAACCCAUUUCUUAUUCUCUUGCGAACCGAGUAAAUCGAGUGCUCGUUUGUGGAUAAAAGUGUAUCGGUGUGUGAUGCGGAUGAAAAUGCUUCCGCAAAACUUUUUUUGUUAUUAAAUGUGAAUUAUUGCGCGCAAAGGAUUUAAAAGUAAAAUCUCAUGUUGGUUACUCUUCCAGGUAGCUACCGACUCACUGAACUAAUUUUUAUAUCAACUUUCGAGCGAUUGUGUCAGUUCAACGAAUUUUAAAUGAACAAAAAGAACUAGUUCGCUUACAGGACGCUAAUGUUUCGUUUUCACAUUCAGUCACAAUCAAUCGGUACCCGGUAUAUAUGAAUGAAACCGUAAUUUCAUUUGACAGAUAAAUGCUACCCCAAGCAAGGUGUACCGUUUCUUCUGACGGUGAGCUAAAUAUAGACACGGCUAGUAAAGAACCCUCGAGUAUGUUACUAUAUCUGUAGCUACACAUAUAGCGACGUGGAAGAGACCUCAUUCAAAUUUUUCUUUUGUUCUCCUGUCAAGUUUGACAGUAAAACAAAAGAAUUGGUAUUUUCAUACGUGCGGCGUGAAUAACCUUAUUUUCGCCACCGGUAAGAAAAUGGCGUUUCAUUGAUGCUCUUGAUGAAAGUUCAGGUAAAUUUUAGUUUUGUCAAGUUUUGUUUCUUCCAUCGGGCGAAGAAGAGCUUUUUCUUCGUUACAACUGCCACUUUGUUUUGGUUUUAAAAAAUGUUGAGGCAAAUUGAAGUGUUUGUUUCGUGGAUGAAUAAUUAUGUGUUCACCUCGGGGACAAAUAGGAAAUUCCAACUCGAGCGAAUUGUUGGAAUUUCCUAUUUUCUCCCCCUGGAAAUUUCCAACUUUUUCCCCGAGGUUUUUCACAACGUGUAACAGCUUGUGAAGAUUCAACUGAGGUGAGAAAAUGACUAUUUUCUCGCCAGCGUUGUGAGAAAACUUGAAUGAUCGCCUGCAGUAUUUGCAAAAUUCGUAAAUGGAAAAUUUCUCCCAGGAUUCUUUGAUACAACUUUCUCAACUACUGCAAAAGGCUAAUUUGAAUUAGGUCUCUUUCACAUUGUUCUUUGCAUCUUAAGUAAUGAUCCAGUGCCUAAUAUUCAAAAAUGAAUCGCUACAAAUUCCCUAAAAUUCGCUAAUUCUAGUCAUUAGCGAUUCAAACAAGUUUCAGUUCUUCGUGAAUUUAUUUCUGAGUAUUAGGACAUUCGUAUGCGUUCACCACUGACACUGACUGUUAUAAUACUUUGCAUUUUAACUGAUUUUUAUUGUUACAUUUUAAUCUUGUGAUAUUUGCUUUUAAGACUUUUUCCAGACAAGACAAACCAAAUAUAACGAAAAUAAAAUUUUAAAGAAGAAGAAACUCCAUUGCGGAGACACUGGUCUUCUUCUUUUGAAUGAACUCGCACACCUUCAUUGUUUAUAUUGUAAAGUUUAAGUGUUUAAAACAAAA